AUGUCAACAAAUGGAUAUACAAACUGUGUGUCGGGAACCUUCUACGGCAUCACCGACACCGCCAAUAACGAGUUUUAUCCUGGCGAGACCUUCAAUCUGCAGUGGGGGGCCAUCGAGAAUGGAACACUCCCCUUGAAUAUAUCUCUGGGUCGAUCAGGAGGAGCUCUAGUAGACCAGAUUGUCGUGGAUGCGACCUUCUCCACAACUAGCAGUCUGUACCAAAUCGUCGAAAACUCCACCGCAAACUGCACACUCGAACAAUACAGCUGGGCCAUUCCUUCUGACUUCAACACAACUGACCCGGCCUAUCAGAUUGGGUUAUUCGACGGCUCAGCUCUUCGUGGAGAUAAUAAUAAUGGAUGGAGAGCCUGGAGUCCACUUUUCUAUGUCCGUGAUAAAGAAAGUGCCGUUUCAGCGUCGCGGACCGCUUCCGUUAGUGGAUUGUUGACAGCGACCGUGGGGACAAGUCCUACCGCUACUGCGCCUUCGACAAACUCUGCCACUUCCACUUCCACAUCUUCUAGCCAUAGUUCUUCGAACUCGACAGCAAUCGGUGUCGGCGUUGGAGUUGGCGUUGGCGCUGCGGCACUGAUUGGGUUAGGACUUUUCUGGUUCUUGUGGAGAAGAAGGAAAUACAAUGCUGUGAACCAAGAUCAUCCGGAUAGCGCGGAAAUUGCUGGUAGACAGAGAUCUGAACUCCCGGGGGCUAUACCGAUGACGGAGGGGAAAACGUCGGAAAUGCCUGCUGAGGACCAUGUUGUGGCUUAUGAAGCUCAGGAAUUGGAGGGUACACGCGGGGCUGCAAAGGUGCUACCUGUACAUGAGAUGGAGUAA